GCCGGCCGGUCACAUGUACGGACGUCAAGGCAUGUCAACACUCUUCUUCCGAGUGACACUUUACAAAGUGCCUCGUGGUGUUAAAUGUGUGUAAUGCGGGAAUUUGUGUUUUUAGAGAUACGAUUAAUCUCUAAACAUGCCGUUCGUCCAGCGAGUAGUGCAACCCAAAUUCCUGAGUCGGAUUAAUCUUCACGACGAUGGCGGAAAACCUAAGAUCAAGGACGGGGAGUUGGAGGCAGUGACGAAUUUCACGUUGAGCAGUGCUCUACGACAACUGGCAUCCGUUGUGUUAAUCGCGAACGACAUCUUCGAGGGUUUGAACAAACAGUUGGAGGAUGUCUGUUGUCGCACGGCUAAGUUGCGGACGAGGAUCGCGGCCGUGGAUCAGGCGGUCUGCAGCUACGAUCCAAAGAUGGUUACAGUUCCUGAGAGUGACUUGUCGGAGUUCUCUGCGAGGACGGACCACUGGGGCGCAGUCCAGCCUCUAGCCAGGAGCCUGUUCACGGCCGACACACGGCCGUCGCCGGUCCGACGCCUGUACGACGCCGCAGCGCCGACCCCCGUCACCGUGAUGCGAGCUCUGGACCGUUACCGUCGCGACGGCGCGCGCUGCUCCAAGUACUUCAGCGUCACUCCCGUCCUGGGCCAACACCGCAAGAAACGACCUGCCGACUGCCUGGACAUCGACAUCGAGACCCGACUGCCGGCGCAAGUGUCACUGCUACGACGGUGGACAUCGCUGGAGGCGAUGGGUGACGUCACUACAGACCUGGACUGUACCCACCGUGUCACCAUGUCCACCACGGACGACGUCGACCAUCGACUUCCUUCCCCUGAGGAGCAGGUCCACGCCAUCGCGCUCAAGUUCCCGUCGGAGAUGGUGACGGUGGAUGUAAGCGGUCGCAGUUUCAGUCGAAUGUCUCAUCUGCGCCGCUCACUGGUGCAUGUACCUGGCGAAGACACCAGGAGGAGGUCUCGGCGCAGACCACGAGGCAAACGGCGCAACACCAUCGCAGGCGUCGACACCAAGGAACUCGCUCAGGCUUGCGGAGACUCAUCAGAGGGUAACUUUGGAGCGACUCCCGAGCCAGAGCCGAGCCUGGGAGAGAAGAAGUCUCGUGUGGAGUCUCUGAAGGAGUGGGGCAUGAGGCUACUGCGGACUAGUGAGCCUGUGGUGAAGCUACGACGAGAGGCGACACGGCGCAAGUGGGACAAGGAGGAACCAACACCUCACUCCAGCAGUGGCAACUGGAGUGCUUCCUCAGACAAUGGCUCUACUGCCACGUCUCACCAUCCCAGGUCAAGCAUAAGCAGUGGCAGUACCUGUCAGAAGCAUGGCCGCCGAGGAACAAUAAUGGUUUCAACUUCUUCUUCCGUUACAAGUGAAAGUACCCUGACACCAGACGAUGGGGAGACUUGUUCCAUGUAUUCUUGUGACACUGAAGGUUACUACACCAGCUUCCACUUGGACUCAGGGCUCAAAACUCUUAGAGAAGAAGAGCCUCUACCAGCAUUGCAUUCAAUGUCAGCUUUGUCCGGUAGCAGGGGCAAUGGAUCUACACUUACGGCUGAUUCAGAGUAUGAACUCUUUGGUAAAGGAUCUACAUCUACGACAGCGAGCUCUGCUGGUACAGUGUGUACCACUCUGCUGCACCCUCAGGCAGCUCCGAGUGUUCCUGAGAGAGUCAACAGCCAGCUGUCUGCGUCCUUGCCUGAGAGAGGAGUCAAGGCACUGCACAGUUUGAGCUCUAAAGAUCCAAACGUCAAAGAAACGUCGAGCUUAAAAAUAGAAAAGAAAAAUUACAUUAAGGUUGAUUUCAAGAAACUUCAAGAACAUAAAUCAAACCUUACAAAAGAGAAUGUGGCAAAGUUGAAACAGGUAGAUGAGAAGAAAGGUAUGAUAACAGUUGAAGUGCACCACAACGGUGAUAGUGAACUAGGACCUGAGAAAUGUGGAGACUCUCCAGACUCUGGUCAUAAUACCUGUAGUUCUCCAGUGGACUCCAUCACUAGCCCAUCAAUUGACUUGGAGAUGUCAGAAUGCUCAGAUUUAGAAGGUAUUGACAGGGUGGAGAGGAUACGAGUUAAAACCACAAUAAAUUCAAGUAGAAUCCCUUCAAUGUGUGUGAUCACACCACCUGUGAGUGAUGAUGAGGUGAGUUUGAAUGCCCUAAGAGGACCAGUGGACAUGGGUGAUUACGUCACAAUAUCAGAUGUCAAGACUCCAGACACUGUUUCUCCGAUACUGACUAGAGAAACAGAGUAUGUGUCCCUGAAUGAAUUACCUCCAAACGAUUCUCUUGAGCGGAAAAGAAGGCAAGGUGCCAGAGUGACAUUGGAUUCUGAAGGAAAAGUUGUCUAUUCUUCAGACAGUCUCAGGAGAAGAAAAGCCAUUCACACAACUCAAACAUUCGAACCUGGUCCAAACGUCAAUAAGGUCUCAAGUCCUGUAAUGCCAAGAGUAGCCAAUGUCAGACCAGUUAUCACUAGUGAGAGAAGAGCUCAAUCAUCAUCCCCCACGAGGAUCAUAUCUCCCACCUCGACUUUGACCAGGCAAAGAUCACAAUCACCAGGUGUUUCCAUUGGAAAUACAAAACAGCAAGCGGAUUCAGUCAAUUUAUCUAGUCAAACAGAUUUUAAUAGAAAACCAUUAUCUCCUGUUUCUUCAAAUAGGCCAAUAUCUCCACUAGUGUCGGCAUCCAACCAGAGGAAUUCCUUGGUAAAAAGUAGAAGUCAACAAUAUUUUCCAAAAUCUUCAUAUGGAAGCUUGUCCCCAACAAAGCCAAUGUCACCAUUGGUUUCUUCAGCCAAUCAAAAAUCACCAAAUGAGAGAGAUAACUCCAGACCACUGUCUCCCUCAGCGGUUUAUCCGAGCCACAGAUCAAUGUCACCGAAGGCCGUUGUUCGAGCUAAGCAAGUAACCAAAGCGGUCAGCCCCAUUACACAAAGGGGAGCCUAUGUCAAAGUACAAGAGGAGCACGAUGGUGUUGAAGAUGAUCUUAAAAACAUCGUGAAGAGGAGUGAUAGUUAUCGAAUGGCAAACAAUGAUACAAAAUCACCAAUCAGUACCAACAGAAAGCAGUUAGGUGUAAACGUAAUGGCAGGUCCAAACCUGCUCACAGCAAUACAGACUGCUCGGCCAAGCAAAGAUGGCUCUUUGCCAGAGCAGAAUGUUUCUACACCAGUAAAGCAGAUGUCCACUGUCAGCCCUGCACGUUCACACCUGCUGAGCUCCACCCCCACCAAACCUAACACCAGCUCCAACCUAGAUUUUAGCAUGAACCUAUCACCCAUCAACACUCCUGUGUCAUCCCAGCCGUCUCGCAAUGCGAUGGACCUCUACGCCAUCAUACACGAGUCCAAGAAGAAGAUCAUGAAGCUUCGUGAGCGCAACUGCUCUCCAACACUGACUGAAAAGAUCUCCAAACUACAGUCUUCCGCGGUCCAGACGGCUCCAGCUAAGACACAGGAAGUCAAUAGGCUGAUGAACAGUAAAGCCAACAUACCUAUUAGCGACAACGUUUUCAAGAUGAACUCCAACUCAAGAAGUUCAACUCCAGAUAACUCUGUGAAACAAAGAAUAAGUCCUAUUAUUAGUGAAAGAUAUUUGAGAGACCCUCGAUCAAAUGUUCCUGAAAAUAUUUAUGCUGAAAGACUAAUGAGAGCCUCGCCUAGUUCUAGAAGUUCUACUCCUGAAAUGAGUCUCAUAGAAAGGAAUGCUAGGACUGCUCCUGGCUCAGGUAGUUCAACACCUGAAAAAAAUUUCAGAGUUAUUCCUGAAGGGCCAAACUGGCCCAAAGCCAUUCCUGCUUCUCAAGUUCCUAACCUUAGAAAGUCCCCUUCUUCCUAUGACUAUUUAAAUUUAAGUCCAUCAGGUCAUUACCAGAGGACCAGAUCACCCUCCCCUCUGCUGGAUGUUAACCAGUUUCCCAGCUACCCUGACUACAGAUCUCUGCCUCGGAUGUCUCAUAGGAACUCUCCCACCCCUCAGAGUCCUGUCAGGCAACAUGUCUUUGCCCCGAGAGAUCCUCCCUCACAGGAUGCUAGGAUUUCCUCUCCUCAACAUUCGUCUUUUGCUUCUGAUCGACUUGGAAAAGUACAGCCCACUUCCCGAAACGAUUUUAAGCAACUGCUUCUUCGAGCCAACUGGGGUACAACACCUUCAAGUGGAUCUGCUGUUGAAAGAUUAAAAAACCGAACGUCGCCAGUAAAACCAAAAUCGUGGAAAUCGGAUAUUCUCUCUUCGACAAUCCCAGAAGAUUGUCGAGAAGACGAUGAACAAUCCGAUCGAAAAACUCUAGAGAAUAUGUCUGGAGAAAAUAGAUCACCAGGUUAUAGUGGGGGAAUUCCUAAAUCCAGUGCCUUAGUGAAUCAACAAUGCAAAGCUUUUGAUAACCACAGAGCAAGCCCAACGGAUAAAAACAGAAUUAGUCCGACAUUAGAAACAGCAUUAUAGUUGGGCAUGUAAAUUAUGUUAAAAAUAUUCAAUAGAAAUUUAAAAUGUUUGAACCUAUGGCAAAACUUUUUUUAUGUCAAAAGCUUAAGUAAAAUAGAUUAAGAAAAGAAAGGCUGAAUAGUAUUUUAAUUUUCAAUAAAUUGUUCAAUACGUUGGUUUGGUACAAUUCAAUUCAACAAUUAUCAUUAAAAUAACGUUAUAUUUUUUGUGUUAUGUUAUUAGAAUUGUAGGCUUUUUAAAGUUAUAAUAUUUACUAUGCAUAUAACCACUUUGCAAACAAUUUGAUUCCUAACCUCAAUCCUAUAUUCAAAGCCAAAGUACUGACAAAAAAUUUCUUAUGACUAAGUAUCCUAACAUAGCAUACAGACUACUGUAUUUUCAAGUUAUUUUAUCAGUAGGAUGAUUUGAAAAUAAAUCUGUCAAAGUUUUUUUUUGUAGACUAAAUCCUAUAAUCUGUCAUUCCAUUAAAUCUUGAUCGUAUGAUAUUAUUUAAUCAAAGCUGAACUUUUGUAUAAGAUAACAGAUUUCAUAAACAAAGAUUAUUUUUAACUGUUAGUUUUACAAGUUAUUAUGAUGUUGUAAUACCUCUAUCAUUAAGUAUUAUUUAUUGUGACGAGAGUAAUAUAUUUAUUAUUAAAUUUUAUUGUAUAUCUUUUUGUAUAUUUUGUAAAUAUUACUUUUUUAUUUCUAUAUACUAUGUAUAUUAUUACUUCUUGCAAUGCCUUAGAAUAUAAAUUAAAAAUUACAUUAAGGAUGUAACGGUAAAGCUACGAGGGCCGUCCAGAGAGUAGCAGAGUUUAGUAUUGGCACUGCUUAGAGCAGUGCAUUCGCCGGCAUCAGAGCGUUCCUAGGCUCAUUACGCAUCCGGCUACUAAAGCGUGCGCCAUGGGCGUCCAUCAAUAUGGGCAAUGGGGGGCUUGAGCCAGGACAAUGAGGAACUGUGCAGGAAUUUUUCAAUUGCACUGGGUAAAACCUGUUUAAGUCUGCGGUCACAGUGAAAUUGUGAUCGUUGUCCGUGGUCACAGCUAAUAUGUAAACUCCCUCUGCGAUCACGGUAAAAUCGAGAUCAUCAUCCAUGGUCUUUGCAAAAUCAUGCACAUCUUCCAAGGUUAAUGAAAAGUCUUGAACAUCUUCUGCAGUAACGGGACAUCCUCGUCUCCCAUGAUCACGGUAAAAUAGUCAAUUUUAGAUUGUGAAUCUUCAUAAAUGUUUUUCGGGGUCGCAGAAAUUUGCGCUCAACUCGUUCCAAGCUUGGCCGGAUGAUAAUUUUCUGUCCGUACAGAUCUCUCGUGCCAACUGUUGGUCCGACCAGACUCAAAAAUAUGGAGUACCCGCAGACCCCGAGUAAAAGGUACACUUGGCAGCUAGAAAUCAUGCCUGGGAUAACCAGGUUUUUCUUUCGGUAAAUCUGGAAAAAUUAAUGAAUUUUGUCUAGGAGUUCUGCCCACAAUAACCACAUCUUUUUGGAUCGUUUGGUAAAAAUGUAAAACUUAAAAGUCACACUAUGUCAUUGGACACAGUAGUACAGUAUUAACAUUCACAUUUUUAAAUAUUGCAAAAAAUAUAAAUCGACAAAGCAAAUUCAGGUUUAAAAAAGCGUAAACAUUAACAUUAACAUAUUUAUCUAAUUUGUAAUAAUUUUCCAGGAGUAACCCUAGGACCGGGUGGGGUUUUUAAAACUAAAAAGGUUUUUUUUACUGGGAUUGAUUUUAACACGCCACUGCACACUGCAGACAAAGUAAGUGAGAUAUGAUGUGCGUACUGAGUCAGAGUGUAGGAACGCUCUGAUACUAAGGUAGUAGCAAUAUCACCAUUCCUAGCAGCACUAAUGCAAAACGUCUGUUACUUUCUGGAUGCCCCUUGUAUUUUGAAAUAGGCUAUACAAUUUGUUAAAGUUCAAAGUAUAACAAUUAAUUAAUUCCAUACUGGAAAGGAGACUUUUUUUAUUACAAAUAAAUGUUAAGAAUUUCUUAUCCUAAAGUCUAUUGCAGUAGAACUCCAAUUAUCCGAACUCCAAUUAACCGAAUCUCCAAUUAUCCGAAUCGCUUAUUUCAACAAUUUUAAAAACGUAAAGCUACAGUAACAAGUUUUGCAAAAUAUCAAAAAAUUGUUAUUAAACACAUUUAGCCAAUUUUGGACUUUGAUGGAACCCUAUUGACUUAAUAACAUGUAUAGAACACUUGUACUAUGAGCAUUGUAAACUGUAAUAAUGUUCUGAUUUAAAUUAUUAUUAAUAUAAAGUUCACUAAGUACUGAAAAUGAGGAUCUUUCUUUAAAAUUUCCGGAAUUCCGGUAAAACUCCGAUUAUCCGAAUUUUUGAUUAUCCGAAUUUUUGAUUAUCCGAAUUUUUGAUUAUCCGAAUGGGGUAUGGUCCCUAUUGAUUCGGAUAAUCGGAGUUCUACUGUGCUUACAAUAAUGCAAGGUAUUAAGUUAAUAACUAAAUACUGUAUUAAUUAUAUCAUAGGUGAACAUUGGAAAAAACACAUUUAAUACCUAGUUGAGGUAUCCUUCAAUAGGCAAAUGAAGCACUGAAUUCCAUGACAAAUCAUUUGUUAACAUUUUAUUAACCUCCAAAUAUUGCAAAUAUGUCUCUUACAAACAAACGUUUGUUACUUUUCUCCCCGUUAAAAUUUAAAUAUAUUUUUUUUACAUUUGAAAUUAAAAACACAAUACAUACUAAGGUUUAGAAUUUCAGCACUGACUGAGAACAGUGCAAGGCUUGACGUCUCAUCCUAUUGUCACAUCUGAAUUGUUUUGAUGUAGGCUUCUUGUUGGUUAUACAGUGCAUUUAAUUAUGCUGAAUAAAUUUUACUCUUUUUUAAGAUUUUUGUCAGAAACGAGAGUACAAUUAAUUAUUUAUUCAAAUACAUUUAACAUUACUUAAAAAACAAGAAACAAAUAAUAAACACCUUUUAUAUAAACGGUACGAAACAUACAUCAACACAUAUUGUCAUAUUGUAGAUGAUCCAUCAGGAUGGCAAAUCUAUUAAGAGUCGGCAAGACCGCCGGCCAGCUUGGAUUUUAUGCCCAUAACGGCAAUGUUAAUGGUUGAAGCAUAUUACAGCAUUGUUUAUAAAAAGUUGCAAAAUAUCUUAUUUUAAAGCUAUUGAAACAGCAGAUUUGAUUUUGUUAUCUACUUUUAAAUUUUAAUUGAUAUUAUUUUGUCAAACUACAUAAAUAUAUUGACUUAAAACGUGAUUUUUUUCAACCUCUCAAAAAAAAUUUAAAAAUCCAAAAAGCAAUUCUUACGGAAAAUAUAUUUAAGAACCACAUAAAAUUUUCUGCUCAGUAAUAAAGCUUACAGUGCUUCAACGAAAACGCAUGUUUUUGCUGAUCGGCGCUAGGACAACCACUGUUUAGCCUGGCAUCUGACAGUCAUCAACAAUGCAAAACUAUUAACUCAUGCUGACUCUUAAAAAGUAAUGUGAAAUAAUUAAAUGACACAUGAUGUGGCAUAAAGUCCCAAAGUAACUUUGACAUUUAACAAUUUAUUUUCUUGUCAAAUCUGUCAAUCGAAGUGGUUGAAGGUUUCGUAGUUAUCCGAAUCAAGUAGUUAAUAGUAAAAUUAUAUUUUGCAAGUCACAUUCAUUUUAGUAAAUUAAUAUUAUACUAUAUUUUUUAUCAAAAAUUUUAACAGUUAAUAAAAUCAAAUGAUGUUCUUUUUUAAUAAGUAUGUUGUUGUAAACAUAAAAAAACAUGCGUAAUUAUGCAUGCUCUCAUGUAGUGAGUAUUAUAAAUCUAGUCUUUGUAUAGUCUCAUAUAUAAAUCAGGGCAAUAAAUUAUUUAAUUUCAGUGCCUUGUAAUUUCAUUGUUGUUUGCUUCAGAUUUUUUACAGAUUUAAGUUUAUUAUUGUA